GUGUGUCUUUUCCUGUAGAAACUGGAAGAAGCCCCUACAUCGGCCUUUUGAAAAUGAGAAGUCUGAGUCUGCACAUUCCAAGUGAAGAGACACUUACUCCCACGGCACCACCGCUCCACUCACAAACGAGACAAAGAUUUGGGGGUGUAAAGGUUUUAAAACUGGGAGAAAGAAGAAGAGAGAUGAUCUUAAUCUUCUCUAAUUUAUAGUUUUCACAUUUGCAGUUUUUGACAACAGAUUUUGAAUGUCCUGCUCAAAAAUGUUCACUGACCUGAAAAUUAAUUCAAAAACAGAGAGGGUGGCAUGUGGCUCUCCCACUGCCAUCACAUACUCCCACAUCUAAACAAUUAGUCUGAUUCACCGUCACCGGAUUCUGUUUCGUGACCACAGUAGACGGCUGCAACCCCGUGAGGAAGAAACUCACAGCUGAACAAGCGGUGCACUUUUUUCCUUCUUCGCUGCUUUCUCCCAAAACUAAAUCCCACCAUUUACUCAUAGCGCAGAAAUAUCCCAACAGCCAUCACUUCUCCAGUCUCCUGCGAGUAUGGAGAAGUCCUCCAUUGUCCACCUGCCAUCUUCCAGAAGGACGCCCAGGAAGGAGAGUGAGAGGGGAGCCAUGGUGCCUCCCAGGAGUCACCGGCAAAGGACAUCGAAGGCAGUGCGGCUCCCGGAGGGAAGGAAGGACAGGCCACAGAGGGAAAAGCCAAAGACAAAUGAUGCGAGGCAAGAACAGGAGGCAGAAGUGAAGCUGAAGUCCACUGUGGUGGACAUAGACAGUGUGAGAGAUGACAACGUCAAGGAUGAGAACCUGGGGCUCCUGGAAGCAGCAGAGCAGGAUGACGGUUUGAAGCGCAUGGACCUGGGAGUGUUUGAGUGGCUUCUGAUGGCCUUCGUAUUGGCUCUGGUUCUCCUCUUCCUCCCUCUGUCCAUCUGGUUCUGUGUCAAAGUGGUCAGGGAGCAUGAGAGAGCCGUGGUCUUCAGACUGGGUCACCUGCUGCGUGAAAGACCCAGAGGACCAGGCCUUCUCUUCUACCUGCCACUCCUGGACGUGUGUCACAAGGUUGACACCCGACUCAAAAUGCUGACGGUUCCUCCUCACACGGUGGUGACAAAAGACUUGGUGAGGCCAGAGCUGAGUGCCGUCUGUUAUUACCAGAUAGAGAACGUGGCUCUGUGCAGCACGGCUCUGUCCAGUCUGACCGCGGUGCUGCGGACUCUGGUCCAGGCAGCAGUCAGAGACGUUCUCGCCCAGCACACGUUCGGCCACAUCCUGCUGCACAGGAGGAGGAUCGGGCAGCAGAUACAAGUGGCCGUCGACUCGGUCGCUUGUCGCUGGGGCGUCCGGGUGGAGAGGGCAGACAUAGACGAGCUCAGUUUUCCGGCGGAGUUACAACAGAGCCUGUUUGCUGAGGCUGAGGCCAAGAGACAGCAACAAGCCAGAGUUAAAGCAGCGGAAGUAGAGACAGCUUCCUGGGAGGGGUUCAGGGCGUCGUUCCGUCACCUCCAUCCUGCUCUGGUCCUGCCGUUCCCCCCUGAUCUCCUCAGCCUGACCUCUGACCACUCGUCUCUACCUCCUCCUCCUCCUCCCGCUGUGGAGGACGAGGGAAGAACCACUGAGGGAGAGCCAGAUACAGACUCACCAAUGAUGUGACACAUAGAUCAAAUGUUCAUUAUUAUAAUGACUAUUAUUAUUAUUUGAGACAGCACAACAAGUUGUUGUUUAAAAUGAGCAACAUUUGAGAUGUAUGAGUUUUGUAUCAGAAAAUGUUCGGAUCUGAGCCUCUUCUGUCAGUAAACUAAACUUUUAACUCGACAAAUCUACACGUCUUGAAAACCAGCAAAUGUAAUGAGUGUUCAGUUCUGGUACAUAUAAAAAUCAAUUACAGUAAUUGUUCUUUAACUUUCUUGAUAGUUUAUAGUCACACAAAUGUUUGAGGGGGAACUUUUAAAUGACGGGCCUAGUGUACAAUUGUAUUAUCCAGCCUGCUCAUCGAGUGUGUUUAAGACAGAAAAAACUUCACAGUUCACUCUGAAAUUAAAGGUCCUAAAAAGUC